AUGUCAAGAGAAGAAAUUGUCUAUAGCACUAAGCUAGCAGAGCACGCAGAACGCUACUCCGACAUGAUCUCCAGCAUCAAACAACUUAUUGAUGAAACUGGAGGAGCUCUGAACAAUGAGGAGCGCACCUUACUCAGCGUUGCCUACAAGCAAGCUGUAGGUGAGCGCCGCAAUGCAGCUCGCAUUCUAAGCUCCUAUAAAGAAAAGCUCAGUGCUCGUGGAUCCGACCACCUCGACAUUGUCGAAGAAUAUAGACAAAGAGUGAUAAAAGAGCUUCAUGACUUAUGUCUAGAAGUCAGCCAAUUGGUUGAUGAAAAGCUUCUUGCAAGAAAAGACUCAGAUGAAGUGGAAGUCUUCUAUUUAAAAAUGAAAGGGGACUACUUCAGAUACCUAGCUGAGUCUGGAGACGAAGAAGCCGUUCAAAGAAGCCAUCAAGCCUAUCAAGCAGCCUCUGAUGCAGCAGUCAAUCUCCCUACCAAUAAUCCAGUCAGGCUUGGACUUGCACUUAAUUUCUCAGUUUUCUACUACGAAGCUAUGAAGGAGCCAGAAAAAGCAGUCAGCCUUGCAAAGAAGACUUUUGAAGAGGCCUUACCUAGUCUAGAAGAGCUUGAUGAAAGAGCUUACAAAGAAGCUACUUCCAUUUUGGGGCUGAUCAAGGACAACUUGACCAUUUGGACAAGUGAAGAAGAAUAA